AUGGUGAUGGCGGCAGCCGAAACUAAAGGGAGCAUGAAGACAGUCGGCGAUAAAACACUUGAUACUGGGCCGGAUGACAAUAGUAUCAUUGUUGUUGAAGAACCCCAAGUCGUCGUCCACCUCCAGUCCUCUGACCUCCGCUGUGAUAUGAAUGUCAUCAGCCUGAUUUGUUUUGGUUUCAGCCUGAGUAGCUCUUGGGCAGCUUUGUCACUCUCCUCGGUCAUUGCCAUUAUUCAGGGUGGCACAGUUACUUUGCUUUAUGGCACUAUCGUCGUUGCGCUCCCAUACCUCUGCACGGGCUUAACAUUGGCCGAGUUGAUCAGCGUCUAUCCCACAGCUGGUGGUCAGUAUCACUUCGCAUAUAUCCUUGCCCCGGCCAGAUGGAGAAAAUCACUCUCUUACAUUAGUGGCCUGGCUUCUCUCUGCGCCUGGUUCUCCAUCUCGGCCGGUACAUUCCUCAUCACCGCAGAAAUUAUUAUUGCACUCGUGAUUCAAUUUCACCCAGACUAUGUACCACAAGGAUGGCACUACUUUCUACUUUAUGAGACGUUCAAUAUCUUUGCAACAGUCUACAAUAUCUGCUUGGUAAAAAAGUAUCCUCGCAUAUACAACGUCGCGUUUUUACUUUCCAUGGUCGGCGUCAUAGUAAUUCCAAUCGUUUGUCUUGCUCGAGCUGAGAGGAGGCAGCCCAGCAACGUCGUGUGGACAACCUUCACGAACAACACGGGUUGGACCGACAGUAUCUGCUUUAUCACUGGGCUCGUGACCCCCGCCUUCUCUUUCGGCGGCCUAGACGCGACCAUGCACCUGGUUGAGGAAACACUGAGUCCGAAAAAAGCAGUAUCUCGUGCAAUUUGCUACACAGUCGGUAUGGGUUUCGUUACGGCUUUUCUUUUUGUGAUCGCCACGGUCUACUGCAUACAAGAUAUUGACAUAGUCGUGGCAACACCGACUAGGCUUCCAAUCUACGAGUUGUGGAUGCAAGCUACGCAAUCUACUGCUGCCGCGACAACGUUUAUAGUCCUUCUCCUCACGAUUGACCUGAUCGUCUGUGUUGCGACUGUGCAAACGAUGUCGCGCCUCACUUGGGCACUUGGAAGAGACAAUGCCUUCGUCUGGUCGCACUACUUGGCGCAAGUACAUCCCAAGCUGGAAGUCCCACUCUGGUCCCUUAUUGCGGACGGUGUGAUCGUGGGGUUUCUGGGUUGUUUGUAUUUGGUGUCGACCGUGGGUAUUGCGUCCCAGCUCUUGCAGUUCGCAUUUGCAAUUCCCAUCGCUCUACUGGUCUGGCAAAAACGUUCGCCCAUCUACUUGCCGAAAGACAGAGAAUUCCGUCUCUCAAACCCGGUCGGCUACUUUUGCCACUUUGUCGCUAUCUGUUGGGCAAUAUUCAUUUGUGUCUUCUUCAUGUUCCCUCCGAACCUUCCAGUUUCAGCAUCCUCGAUGAACUAUGCCGCCGUUGUGGUCUUUAUAGCGGUGUUAGUAGGUAUCGGCAACUGGUUUGCGCAUGCCUGCAAACACUUCGAAGGACCCAUCAUUGAGUUUAGGGAAUGA